AUUACCUGAUAAUUUUUUUGGUGUUGUAAAUCUAGAACACGUUUCUCCGCUUUCUUUCCUACAUUUUUCUUCUUCUACGUUGCUUGAGCUUGCUCUCCACUACCAGCCAAACCCGAACCCAAACCCAAACCCAAACCCGACCCCGAAACGAACGUUUCUCUCUCUGCUUCUUUCGCUUCGUUCUCUAGAUUUGCUUAGCUUAGCACGUCGAAUCGAUAAUCGAAUAAGAUUGGUCUUUGAGUAUGCGAUUCUUUAGAAAAAUAGCGGGGCUUCUGGGGUUUGCCAGAGACGAUGGGCACGAAGUGGAAGACCAAGAAAACGACCAUCACAACAAUAACAACAACAAUGAUCAACCACCCAACAACCGUCCCAUUUUCCAUGAAACUGGCCUUCCUCGAAGGGGCUUUGGCGUCCCUGUUCAGGUCGCCGUCGAUCGUCCACAGCCUGGCCCUGUCCUCCUCCCCUGCACUUCCGGUAACGGCGGCGUCCAGGGUCUGAAAUGGUAUGCAAAGCGUCUUAGGAUAGAUGAAGAUGGAGAUGUAGCAGAUGAGUUCCUAGAUGAAGUCUUGCCAGAAAUAUCUGGCGCGGCUAGUGCAGAAAACGAGCAGAAGCCAUUCCCAAAGUUCGAAGUGAAGUACAAUACGAAACCAGCUAAGGUGAAGACCCAGGUUAUGUCCCAUGAUGGGAAAAUCCAGCAGUGUGUGGAGUACCAAGGAAAAUUGCAGUGGGCAUGAUUAGUGGUAUAUUUCUUUGUUUGAUCUGUUGCAAAAGCACGUUACCAAUUCAAUUCCUUUUGAUAGAUUUUUUCUUUUUCAUUGUUCUAACUUCUGUAUUAUUGGUAAUAACCCUGUAUCAGUAUCAUGUACAAAAAGGGUUUCCUUGUCGUGGUUUCCAAGAGGAUUUUGGUUUAGACUGAAAAAAGAGUUGGCUGUUCCUUCAAUGAAGUCAUUCUGUAGAAGUGGUUUGUUGA